AUGGAUGGUGAGAUUCCUUCCGCACCGAGGCUGUGCAUAUUCUGCAGGCAGCCUGGCCCGCAGUAUUCCAUCAUCAAUCACAAGAAAGACAAGAACAGAUCAGAAGCACAUAUCAGCAAAGCAUGGCUCUGUGACGCCUGUUUAGAAAACAACAAUUUCGACGGGAUUGGAAAUCUAACUGCGGACGGAGAAACGGACGAGCACGGCAGACUCAUGCCAAAGCCACUCUAUCUUCCUAACGACAAGAGCCACAUCAAAUCCUGCUGGACGAGGCUCAAACUCGCCUUGGACAGUUUAUAUCAGAGAAUAUACGAAGACAGCGAAGAUGGCCUCGUAGAUGCGAUCGAAAAUCUUGUUGUCAGUCAAGCCGAGCUUGUUAAUUGCGCUCAUAUAUGUGCGGAUGAGGAUUCUGUCCAGCUUCUGCAAAGAAUCGACGCACAAGCUCAGAAAUACGUUCUUCAAUGUAAACAACGUCUCAUAGUGCAAUCUCUGAGCAAAGUUCGCAAAUCGGGGCAGAAUCGUUUGGGACUGUCAUUAGUGAACCACGCCAAACUCCCCUGGUCGGACAGCACCUUUCUCCGCCAAGCGCUCGGCUACUGGGAAAAGUACAUGCUCGUCUCGCGUGCAGCCUCCAUUCUGCUCCGUCCGAUGGAGGAGAUCUGCAGUGUUCAUUGGCAAACGCAGUCGACGUGCAUCUUCCAUCGCGCGAUUUACGCUCACAUUGACAUUCAAGAACGCUUGAGAACAAUCUCCAACGCUGUCCAAGUUAGUCUGGGCGAAGUGGCACCAGUAGACGAGCUGGACAGCUGGAACGUUCGUGGAACAAUGCGUCGUUAUCGCAAAUUCGAGGAAGAAAUGAACAAGGCCGCGAACGACCGAGAUCCAGAAAACUGCCGAUACCUCGACGAUGUUCCUAUAGGAACGUAUGGGAGAAAAUCAAAUUACUUGUCCAACUUUCUCACUGAAGAGUGGCACUUUUACUCGGACGAAGAAAGCACGGACGCGGAUGACGAAGAGGAAUCCGACUAUGAGGAGGAAGAAGAGGGAAAUGAAAAUUUGGGACGUAGUUAA